AUGGAGUCGAAGCGGCCAGUGCUGGCGCGAAAACGAACCGCGGCUCUUGCUAGCGACGAGGACAUGGCUACCGACGAUGAUACCGCCCAGACGGUGCGUUUUUCUGGGUUUUCAAAGAUGCGGGCCGACUCGAGCACGUCCGAUAUGAUUCCUUUCUCUAGUUCGUCGUUUAUGCAUUCCUUCGACCGACAGCCAGGGACCAGUUCGCCGUUCCUGCAGCCGGUGAGAGACUUUGAUUUUGAGAAUUCGCAAAUUGACGCGAUUCCUUCUUCGCCGCCGAUUAUCUCGCAAUCGCAGGCCACAUUGGUGGACAGUCCGCCUAAAUUGUCAUUUGCAAGAUCAACAUCGUCACUGACAACGGAGCCCAACCGGAAGCGUCAGCGUGUUUUUGAAGAUACCGAGGAGCUUGCUCUCGACCGCGACGGAAGAGUUUUCGGCGUUCUGCUCCCAGAUGCAACAUUUCCCGAAGGAUACCGGCCCAGCUUGUAUGAUGAUCCAACGUUUUUCGUGGUGCGAAACCCAGACCCGUCCAGCAAGGCCGCCGCAGAGAUCAUCACCAAACUGUUCGACCAGGAUAUUGACUACACCAGCAGGGUGUAUACGCUCGAGCUCGAAGAACUCGGACUGAAUUCUUUACCGCGACAGAUCUCCGACUUUAAAGAUCUGGUUCUAUAUGGUCCGACUGGAAUAAUCAAGCCCAUUUUGCAUAUCCACGCGGCAAAGAACCAGCUCCGUUCGUUGACCCCAAAAAUCUUCGAUAUCGAGGGACUCGAGGUCCUUUCCUUGCGCGGGAACAAAAUUGCAAGAGUUCCGGGACUCAUUGAGAGAUCAACCAACUUGAAAAGUCUCAAUCUCUCAAACAACAAACUCAAAUUUCUUCCUCCCAACAUUCUGAAACUGAACAGUCUUCAGACGCUUCGAGUCAGGCCCAAUCCGCUGAUUGAGUGGAACACAAGCGACAAUGUUCGGUCAGUCAAUGGAAAUAGUAUGGAGAAAGACGGGCCAGUGCUAAAAUAUCUGGGCCAACUUCACUGGAUAUCCAAGAACAAACAGGUCAGUAAAGCUGCCUUGAACGCUAUUAAGCUGGCCAGAAACCUGUCCACAUUGCAGGAUACAGAUCUUUCUUCAAUGAACUCGGAGCAAUCGCAUCUAAUGGGGAAAUAUCAAUGGACGCCAACGCUCACAGAGCUGGCGUUGCGCAAAAUCUCGGACUACCUGAUUUCGCAGGCGGAAUUACUCAAAUGGAAAGAGACGGUGCAUGAGCGUGUGUACCGAUUGGCAAUCAAGGCCUUGAUCCAUGGCAAUAAUGGAGAGACCUGUGGAUAUUGCAACCACACAUGCAUAGAAAGCGUGGCUGAACUGAUGGAGUGGUGGGACUUCAAGGACGCGAUUGAGAUUCCCAUCAAGCGCAAGUUCUGUUACUCGGAUUGUAUCGUCGGCGGAAACGCUGGCCAAGUAGCACCGGAUGCCGUUAUCAAGAAGCUUGCGGUUGGCCAGUUUAUCUUCGAGAUGAACGUGUUCUGUUAUCACAGGUGGAGCAAACUUGAUGGCAUUGACGAAGUUCUCGUGGCCCUUGAGCUGCGAAACAAGGUUCAGUUGCUGCUUAGUAGCCAGCGUUCUCAGGUCCCAUAUUUUGAUGAGUUUGUCAUCGGCACAGGAUGCAAGGUCUGGUGGACUCAAAAGCCAUAUUUUCAUCAUACAAUCUCUCCCUCCGCUGACACAGUACUUGUAGCCAACGGUGUUGUAUAUCUCGUCACUUAUGCCAACCAGGGGAUCCAGGUAUUCGUUUGCUUCCAUCGUCUCACCGAUUGGUCGUUAGAGCAGCUAAGAAUGUACUGUCCUGUUGCGUUCACAUCCACGCUUCUGACCCAGUCCGAAUGGCCUCUUAUGGUCAGUAGACACCACCCUGAUAGAACAUCCCAUUUCUUCACCGUCUUAUCUCGCGAACAGCUCAAUAAUUGUGUUUCAUCGGCCGGAUUGAACCGCAGGCCAGAGAUCAAAUGGUCAUGUCCGGUCAAUACCCGUAUUACCUGUCCUGUUCGGCAGUCCCAGAGCUUUAUUAGCAGGUCUGAAGAGCACGAGGCCAAAAGCACAAUUCUGGUCGAUUCAAGCGUAAUUUCGGAGCUCUGGAACACAAGAGAGUUGAUUGUACGGGUGUGUGCGUUUCGUAUCACUUUCUCGGGUUCCGAUAGAUCUAACAAAUUCCACAAAGCAAUCGUACCGUCCUGUGAUCCGGUGGCCAUCAGUGGCUCGUAA